UUAGCUGCCUCAGAUUUUAGCAAGGGGACGCCGCAAAGGUAUUCUCUCUUCUCUUGGCCGAAAUCCCAAUCCAAAAUUCUCCGUGAAAACGCCAAAUUCCCCAUCUCCCGCAGUCCGAUGCUCCUCCCAUCUAUGAUCUAUCCUCCUCGAUGGCUGCAGAUCGUGGGAAGCGUACUACGGAGGUAAUCCCUGGAGAUUGGGAUACGUACGUGCGGGUCCGAUGGCGGCGGCAUCUCCAAAGCCAGUCGCUGCUCUGCUAUUGCGAGGCUGGCGCUCUUUGGUGUUGGUGCUUGCAUCGGUCAAUCCAAUAUCGGAAAAGAGUCGCACCACCAACUGGAUUAGACAAGAACAAGAAGACACUGGAAGAAUCGGAAUGGCGGAUAAGCUGACUGUGGGCUCCGCUGUGACAAGUCGCAUAUGGAAAUGGAUGAGCCAAUUUCAGAAGGUAUGGGGAUUGGGCCUCAUUCCGUGUGGAACCCUAGGAUUGAAGAAUUCCAAUGGCCGGUGAGAAUUUCCUGUACUCCUCCCUCGGUGCAUACUAAGUGUUACCAAGUACCAACACAUUUGGAUGCAUCGAAGGUCUACAAGAUAUUUUCCUCGGGUGCAUCAUCACGAUUGGAUCAAUGACAGGAGCAAUGCAAAGUUCCAAACUUCCAACUGUCGGCCGGUGCUAGCAAAGUCCAACUGCGGCAUUUCCAAUACAAUGCCCACAUCGAAGAGCGGACAGAGUACCAAGCUCACCGGCGCGGCGCUAGCGCUCCCUCCGCCGUUGCUUCCCAGCUGAGCCUGUGCGUCCACCGCUUUGUGCUCCUUUUCAACCCCAACGAAGUUUCGUGUAGACUUCGGUUUCAAGGAAAGCUUGGCCGACAACAACAAUAUAUCAUGGUAUCACACUGAGUGGUGAAAAGCACGCUGUCAAAGCGAGAGCAAGUAAAGAGUUGUGAAAAUAAAACCUCUAAAUAUGUUCGAUUUCGUUUCAUAAAUCACAGAAGGUGCUUCGGUGGCAUUGCAAAAUUUCAAUCAUCGUGUUCAUCCAGCAGGUGCAGUUGUGGUCAACCCUGACACUGUGCUGAACCAUGCGUCACAUCUAGUUGUCCUCUGCUCCUGGAAUUUCAGAUCUCGCUCUAUAAAUCAAUGAAAUUCAGCAGCCUAUUUCUUUCCCGUCAUAUCUGACAAUGGUUGCGGUCGGGGAGUUGCUAGCUAAGCUCGCCUUCAACGCCACCUGGAACGAGAUUGCUUUGCAGCUGAAUUUCAGUAAAGAUUUGAAGAGCAUCAAGGACAACCUUUCCUUUGUCCAAUCUUUCCUUGAGGACGCGGAGAGACUGUCGUCAAGGUUGGAGAGCGUCCGUCACACGCUUAAGAAGCUCAAGGCUGCGGCUUAUGACUUGGAGGAUAUGCUGCUACUCUUCGAGUGCUGGACCACCCCUCACAAGGGUGAAGGCCUUGCGCUUAGCGCCAAGGCUAAAAAGGGGUUAGUUUUAUGCUUUGAAAGGUUGAAGAUGCCUCAUAAAAUGAGAAAAAUGAGGGAAACCAUAGAGGAGAUAGUAGAUCUCCAGAAUAAAUUCAACUUCAUCAAACACACUGGCAACAAUGAUGAAGAAGUAAUCAGGAAACGGGAGACAUUCUCAGAUGCUGAUGAAGUCCCCGUUGGGAGGAUGGAAGAAAAAGAAAGAUUAAUCAGUAUGUUGCAAACAGAUGACUCAAACUGCCUUAUUGUUUUUAUCUCUGGCUUUGCAGGAGUAGGUAAAACUACUCUUGCCCAGAUGGUGUUCAACGAUGAUAGAACAAGACAAUUAUUUGAAAUCCAAGCGUGGGUCUAUGUCUCUCUAAAAUUUGAUAUCAAUACCAUCGGUCAAUCUAUCAUCUCCCAACUGGAUAAAUCAAGCAGCCCUUCUGGUAUCCCCUUACAAGCUACACGUGGCCGACUGAAAACUAUUGUAACAGGGCAACGGUUUCUUAUUAUUCUCGAUGACAUAUGGGAAGAAGAUCCACAUGAGUUGGAAAAACUAUGGACAUUGCUGCGGGGUGCUAAAGCAGGCAGCAAGAUCAUUGCAACCACACGCAGUGUAAAAGUUGCUAAGCUAAUGAAUGGGAGUUUGACAAUAGAAUUAAGUGCUUUACCAGACAAUUACUGCUGGGAGUUGUUCCGAAAAAAGGCAUUUCCAUAUGGAAAGGUGGAUGUUGAUAAGGAAAGUAUAGGAAGACAGAUAGUCAUGAAAUGCAGAGGAAUGCCACUAGCAGCAAUUUCUCUCGGAUACCUUUGCCGGACAACUAAUGAAUGGAAAGCUAUCCUGGAUAGUGAUAUCUGGGCAGAAAAUGGAGAUGAUGGACGGUUACUCAAAGAUACGAAAGUGCUACCAUCACUGAAGCUUAGUUAUCAAUGCAUGUCUUAUCAUCUCAAGCUCUGUUUUGCAUAUUGCGCUAUUUUCCCCAAAGGCUGGUAUAUAGAGAAGAGUAGCUUGAUUCAGCAGUGGAUUGCCCUUGGAUUUCUUCAGCUCCAUGGCGAAUCGUUCACUGCACAACAAGCUGGAGAAAGAUACUUUGAGGAUCUUCGUGAAAUGUCUUUUCUUCAGGAUGUAGCUGGAAUGUCUCCAACCCCGUUUGCAAGAUAUAACAAACCUCGAGGUGUAUUAUUCCAGAUGCAUGAUUUGGUUCGUGAGCUUGCAAGAUUAGUUGCGGGUGACGAAGUUGUUGCCUUUGACACUAGGAAGCAAAAUCCUCCUACAAAUAUAGACAACUGUCGAUACAUGUUGCUCUCAAACUUAUGUAACUCAUCCUCAUCUUAUUGGUCUAUUCCUAGCACAUCAAGAGCUCUUCAUUUUAAGGAGUGCAGCAUUGUUCAGACUACUUUAAAGUCUCUAAUGGGAGCUGAAUUCCUACGUGUGCUGGAUUUUAGUGCAUGUGCUAUUUCUGAUCUACCUGCUUCUGUCGGCAAUUUGAGACUCUUGAAGUUCUUAAAUAUAUCUGGAAUGCAAACUGGUCUGCUGCCUAAGCCCCUGAGCUCAUUGCAUGGUUUACAAGCAUUGAACCUUUCUGAAAAUACUUGCCUUAUUGAACUUCCAAGUUACAUUUCUGAAUUUGUCAACCUACAAUAUUUGGACCUACAUGGCUGCUCAAAUCUUGAAGAGCUGCCACAGGGCAUUCAUAAACUCAAAGAGCUACUACACCUGAACGUAUCAAGAUGUGGUAGGCUACAAUUUCUGCCUGAAGAGUUUGGGGAGCUUCGGAAACUUGCAUUCCUCAACCUUUCAUAUUGUUCCCAGCUUCAAACGCUGCCUUCAAAUUUUGGUGGCCUUCAGGAUCUUUCAUAUCUCAAUCUAUUGCACUGUUACAAACUUCAUGGGCUGCCUGAUUCUUUCAUCUACCUAGCAAAUAUGAUACAUCUAAAUAUGUCCUUCUGCCGCCAGUUGAAACUGCUGCCUAGUGGGUUAUUUAAGUACAUGAAGAAACUUCUAGUCUUGAAUUUGUCUGGUUGUACCUCUCUUGAAGUUCUUCCUGAAUUUUGCAAUAUUGAUGCUGGCUGUCGGAUGUUGAAAACUUUGGAGUUACCAGAUUGUACUAAUCUGGCUGUCCUUCCCAAAUCCUGUACCAGUCUUUGUGAGCUCCGGUGUUUAAAUCUAUCAGGUUGUUCUCGAAUUCAGAACUUUCUAAAUUUGAUUCCGCAGUGGAAAUUCGGUAAGUUGGAGUACCUAAAUCUCUCCGAGGUCGGUGCAAAAGCUUAUUUUGAAGAUCCAGGAACCUCUGCGGGAAAUGUAGGGAGUUCAGAAGACCCUAAUAGAGAACUAGAGUUAGGUAUGCUGCAAGAGGAUAUUGUGACCCAACGUUUGGUUUAUCUUAAAUACCUGUCAGUUGGAGGGUUCACACUCUUCUCAGAACAAGGCAUUGCAAGCUUGGUAGACCUUCUAACCUUGCCCAAUUUUGAUGUACAGACACAACCCGGUGACAACCAAAGCAAUAUUAAGCUUCUCCAGCAGAUUCUGGAUCUCACACAUCAUGAGUUAAACAUCAAAUGCCUUGAGAAUGUGGUAUCACCAGAGGAAGCAAAGCAAGUGGAACUGGGUAGGAAUCAACAACUUCAUUUCUUGAGUCUUGAAUGGUCCUCAUCUGAUAUUGGGUCUUCUAUUGGAAAGGAUCGUCUAACAAAGGCUACCGAAGUGCUGGAACAUUUGAAGCCCCAUCAGAAUUUACAGCAUCUCUCUAUAAAAGGCUACAGCGGCACAAUAUUUCCAGAUUGGAUUAACAAUAUAAAUGAUGCACUCCCGAAUCUGGUGAAAAUAAUAUUGUCUGAUCUCAAGGGAUGUGACCACAUUCCUGCAUUGGGAAAUUUGCCAAAUCUACAAGAACUGGAAAUCAAUGAUAUGCCCCUGCUUGGCCAUGUAAGAAUUGUACCAUGCAAGAAGCUAAGACGACUUGCAUUGGUUAAUCUGCGAGAAUACACCACUGUACAUAUAUUUUAUGAUGACAACACUGAGACUCAAGUAAAUGAGGUGGUGGAAUUAAGUCACGACUGUGAUAAGGUAGAGAAACUAACAGGAGACGAGAUAAGACUACAUGAAGUUGCAUCAAGUUGUGACUGUAGUGAGGAAGAGAGGAAAACAGCAGAAAAAACUGACGAGUUAGCUGGUUCUCUUCCUUCAAACAGGCAAUCUAAAAGAAAGUGGCAUAUCAUGGCCUGUGAAGGCCAAGACCUAAAGUCUAUGGUAGGAGCCCGAGCUCUGCGUGUGAAGGUCAAGGAUUUGUUGAAAGGUCCAUAUUGUGGCAAGUGGAGGGAAACAUACAUAACACAGGACACUGCAGGUGCCGGAAAUGACUCACCUGCUGUAAUGAGCAGCAAGCCGGCACUAACUCCAGGUCCAUCUAAUGAAACAACAGAACAAGCAGCAGUCCCUACGCUUGAUUACUUCAAGAUAGAAAGCUGUCAGAACCUACGACUGUAUCCAUAUUACAUCCCAAUGUGUGAAGAGUUGUUCAUCAAUGAUAGCAGUAUCGACCUGGAUGAUAUGGAACAGGAGUCAUCUGAGUCACCUGCAGUUACCAGUAGCAGGCCGGCACUAACUCCAGGUCCAUCUAUUGAAACAAGAGAACAAGCGGUCCCUAGGCUUGAUUUGUUCAAGUUAGAAAGCAGCCAGAACCUACAACUGUAUCCAUAUUACAUCCCAAUGUGUGAAGAGUUAUUCAUCAAGGAUAGCAGUCUUGAUCUGGAUGAUAUGGAACAGGAGUUAUCUGAGUCACCUGCAGUUACCAGUAGCAGGCCGGCACUAACUCCAGGUCCAUCUAUUGAAACAAGAGAACAAGCAGCAGUCCCUACGCUUGAUUACUUCAAGUUAGAAAGCAGCCAGAAUCUACAACUGUAUCCAUAUUACAGCCCAAUGUCUGAAGAAUUAUUCAUCAAGGAUAGCAGUCUCGAUCUGGAUGAUAUGGAAUCAGAGUCACCUGGAAUGCUCGGACAGGAGUUAUCUUACGGAAUGUAUGAAGGGGAGUUUGGUUCCUUAAUGCACGGACGAGACCCCACUUCCAGAAGGUACAGAUCGGAGUCUAUUUCUGGAACCUCACGGAAACUCAAGAUAGCAAAUUGCAACCAGCUGUCUCUUGGUCGGCUGUUGCUUUUAUUAAAAUCAUCACUACAGGAACUCGAAAUUGAUAGCAUGGAAAGGAUCGAUGACUCCAUGCGCGGACGGUACAUGGACAAAUGGGAGUCUAUCUCUGGAACCCUACGGAAACUCAAGAUAACAAAUUGCAACCAGCAUAUUGUUAACCGACUGUUGCUUCUAUUCAAAUCAUCACUACAGGAACUUGAAAUUGAUGGCAUCAAAAGCAUUGAUGCCUUGCCAUCAAAUCUGUUCGAAAUGACCAGAUUGGAAAAAAUCACUAUAUCAUCUCUUGAGCUUCAAGAAGCAAAAGGGAGCAACAAUAUUAGGAAACAACUGUACGUUUCUGGAAUUGCAUACAUCAAUACAAGACAUGUGGCUCUUUUUACUGUGAGACCGAAGCAAGGGGGUUGGGUGGGCUCAAGCCCCACCUACAUCCGGCAGACCGAAGAAGAGGAGACCGAAGAAGAAGAGACCGAAGAAGAAGAGACCGAAGAAGAGGAGGAAGAGCACCGCCUACACUUUGCCGCUGGUUCCAACACCAGUUGCUCCAGUAACUUCUCUCUUCUAUAUCAGUAUCUUGAUAAUGAAAUUCAGUCGCUAAUGAUCCACGGUCUUGAGCAUAUUGAUGAGACAGUAGAGGAAGUAAGCGAAUGCAGCGAGUUGGCUCAAUAUCGGCAACUGCAGUCACUGAUUUUGAUGUGGUCCAGAAGCAGUUUACCACAGGAUUCAAGCAUAGUCAAUGACAUUGUGGUUCUCCGGAAACUCCAGCCUCAUGGGAACCUAGAAACACUUGAAAUACAAGGCUAUAGGGGUGAUACAUUUUGUUCCUGGGUAACGAAUAUAAGUUAUUUCCUUCCAAAUCUUGUGAAAGUUGAGCUUUCUAACAUAUUAUGGUGCCAACAUAUCCCUUUAUUAUUAGGCCAACUAUCAAACUUAGAAGUGCUGCACAUCUCAAAUAUGCCUAGCAUCAGAAAAGUUGGUGGUGAUAUAUAUGGGGCUGACAGGGCAUUUAUGAAACUGAGAGAACUUACGCUUGCAAGUAUGGACAACCUGGAGGAGUGGACGACCACACUAUCAACUCGUGAUGAUGAGCAGAGGCUUCAGGAAAUCCAUGGAGAUGAAAUAUUAUUUCCUAAUCUCCAAGUACUUACCAUUAGAAACUGCCCCAGGCUGAGGUUUGUUCCAGCUUUCCCUGGAAGCCGGAGCUGCAUCAUAGAAAGAAGCAGCGAUGUACUAUCAUCUGAGAGAUACAUUGGAAGUUCGAAUUUGGCAUUAUUGAACUUGCAAAUACGGAACUGUGGCAUUUCUUCAGAUAUUUCCAAACUUCUUCAGUACUGUGUUAAUCUGGAAAAACUGAGUGUUCAUUCCUGCACGGACCUUAUCACCUUGCCAGAAAGCAUCCGAAGCUACUGCUUCCUCAGGGAACUGGAGAUAGUAAACUGUUGGGAAUUUUCUGCUCUACCGGAUUGGCUUGGAGAACUGACGUCGCUACAGAAGCUGACAGUGCACGCUGCCAAACUGGAGGUUUUACCCCAAUCGAUCCGAUACCUGACUACUUUGGACACGUUAGUUCUCAAGAAGAGCAAUUUCAGAAUCCUUGAGGGUUGCACACUGGGAAAGGACUUUGACAAUAUUAAACACAUCAAACAUAUACGUUAUAAACCUCAGAGACCUGUUCUUUCCUUCUGCAGAAGUGGCCCUCAUAUUGUUGAGCUACAAAUUGAGGAUCUUCAUCUUGUCAACCGAGCAGAGGAAGCAGAGGAUUUGAAUUUGAUUGGGAAAAAGAAUCUGCGUUCACUGAGUUUGGACUGGAGUUCUUAUUAUAAAGAAAGCUUACCUAAUAAGCUUGUUUUAGAAAAGCUCCAGCCAUAUGAUAGCCUCGAAAUACUUUGUAUAAAUAAUUAUACCGGUGUUGAUUUCCCUCUUUGGAUGUCAUCACUCUCAAACCUUGUCAAAGUGGAGCUCUCCAAUGUGCGAAUUGAGCACCUGCACCUGGAUCAGUUACAGAGUCUGGAAGAGCUGCACAUUUCUCGGAUACAGAGCCUAGGGUCGGAAGUUUGCAUCUGGUGCACCGAACCACUUAGAAAGCUCCGAAGGAUUGUCUUGUCCGCAUUAGCCAAGCAGGAGUUGAAAAUAUCCAUGAGGGAGGAGCUGGGUCGCGACGAGAAUUUAUUCCCACGCCUUCAGGAUUUGGAGGUACACUGUUGUUUUGGAUUGAGGUUCGAACCAUCAAUCCCAAGGAGUGCUAGGUAUGUAGUAUCAGGUAGGGAAGGAACACAACGCCAAGGUCUUUUGCCAUCUUUCCAUCGAAUCAUGGGGCCAUCUGUCCCUGCUUCGUUAUCUAAAAUGGAGAUCAGGUGUAGCAGUGGGUUGUCAUCCGCAUCCUGGAACGACCUACGACACUUUGACAUCGGGGAAUUGAUUAUUGACGACUGUUCUGAUGAGAUGCCUUUGCCAGAGAGCAUUCGGGGAUGGAGAUCCCUCCAGAAAAUACAGAUUUUGAACUGUGACCAAAUUACAACACUGCCGGAGUGGUUGGGCGAGAUGACCUCCCUCCGGGAGCUCACGGUGGAGACCUACUUUAUGAAAACUUUACCUGCAUGCAUCCAACGGCUCACUGGAUUGCAGGCUUUGACCCUGUCAAAAUGCGGAUCAGUGCUUGUGGAAAGAUACAAGUUCGGGGAGGACAAGGAUAAGAUAGUACACAUUCCAAAUUUACAUAUAGAGCGGAGAAAAUGGACCUUCUCUUCUUCAACAUCCGCGCUGUAAACAUAGGAUCAAUCUUCUCCAGCAUCACAGAAGGUGAGAAGGGAUCACGCGCUGUUCAGCAUCAGGACACCAUCCACCGAAAUCAAUAUCCAUGUCCGAAGCAGCCUACAGAGAUACUGAGCAUGGCAUCAUUUGAGGCUAAGUCAAAGGAUAGCAAAGAGCCAAAGAUCAAUGAUGAAGCUGGCUAGAGAACUAGAGUAGUUGAUGGGACAACACUAGCUGUUACUUAUAUGUGAUGAAGACAAAAUCAUCUUCUUAAUUAGGUACUACUAAGUUUGGAUAAACAAUAGAGUUAUCAGUAUCACAUCAAUUCGUGCUCCAGCAAAUCCCAGAAUACCAUGUUACAUAAAUAUUGAAAUUCUUGUGAUAAAUUUUAAUACAUUAAUUAUCUUUACUCUAA